AUGUCCGGUCAAGUAAUGUCUCGAUCUUCUCAGGCCGCUACCCCGCCCACUCAAAAUUCCCAAACUAGUCUAGCCAAUCUGACGGUCGAAGAGCUGAAGAAACUCUGUAGGACGACCUUCUUUUCUUUCUAAUUUUUAUUAGUUUCCAUUCCGAUCAAAGCUAACGACGAAGUUCAAGUGAAAGCUCGGGAGGACGCUGUUCUGGCGGUGGGGAAAAAAUUGAGCGGUGAAAAGAAUACGGAGGGUAAGAGCGUUACCGUAAUCUUGUUAUUUUAGAGUUGAAAAAUCUGAUCCUCUCGACUCGCCCCUUCUUGGCUGUUUUGGGAAAGGCCAAGGCCGGGAAAUUGGUGAGAACUCUGGUCGAUUACAGCCUCGUUAUUGAUGAGGAUGCCCAGAUUAAAGUAGGCUUUCAAUCAUACAGAUUACACUUAAUUCAGGUGGAUCUUUGCAAAGAAUGCGUUGAAUGGGCGAAAGAGCAGAAAAGAGUUUAUCUGAGACAAACCCUCGAGGCAAGAUUGGUUCGUCUUUACAAUGACAUUGGUAGAUAUACAGACGCCAAUUCUCUGGGUGAGUUUUUUUUGUUAAAACUAGUUUAAGAUAAGGAGAUAAAUAAUAGAGAAAUUCAUUUACCCAAAUUGCUCUAAAGGGUUAUACAGUAGUUUCUUUACUUGCAGCGCUGACUUUAAUCAAGGAACUUAAGAAGAUUGAUGAUAAAGAUGUCCUCGUUGAAGUUCAGAUCGAGGAAAGCAAGAGUUUAUUCUGUUUGGGCAAUCUUUCCAGAGCCAAAUCAGCCUUGGUUGGAGCUAAGACGACUGCAAAUGCUAUGUAUAUGAAUCCAAAAACUCAAGCAAGUCAUCAUCCCAGUACAUCUGCUAUUUAAAUUUACAUACUUUGUAGUCAAUCGUAAUGUAAUUUUAGUCCGAACUCGACCUCCAAUCGGGUAUUCUCCAUGCUGCAGAAGACCAUGAUUUUAAAACGGCCUUUUCUUACUUCUACGAAGCCUUUGAGAACGCGGAUCAGGCCGAGGAUAAAGUGAUGGGAACCAAGGCCUUGAAGUACAUGUGUCUUUCCAAGAUUAUGCUCAAUGAGCCUGAGGCAAUAGAUAAGAUCUUGACGGGCAAACAAGCAAUCAAAUAUUUCGGGUCAGAAUUGGAGGCUAUGAGAGAAGUCGGGAAGGCCUUUUACAGCAGAGUCCUGAAGACAUUUUUGGCGGUAAGGUUACUGUAGCUUAUCUGUGAUUUAAUUACAGUCCUAAAUAAUGUCAUAAAUAUUUUCAGGCUUUCGAGACCUACAAGAAAGAGUUGAUGGAGGAUCGAGUGGUCAAAUCUCAUUUCUCAACUUUAUCCGAGUCAAUGAUCGAGAGGGAAUUGUGUCGUCUGAUCGAGCCGUACAAAGUUGUUGAACUCAAAUUCAUUGCUGAUAAAAUCGGGCUUCCUCAAGUGCGGGUCGAAAAGAAAUUGGCCUUAAUGUUAUUGGAUAAGGUGUUUUAUGGUUGUUUGGAUCAGAGCUAUGGGGUUAUCUAUGUUCAUGAACAUCCAGGGAAGGAAGAAGGAUACAAAAAUGCCGUCGAUAUUAUCCAUGUCCUCUCGGAUGUAUGUUCAUUCCGUUUUAGGUUUCUUAAAUUCAAGUUUUGAUCUGAUUGGUUUUAAUUUUUAAGUAUCGUUUUUAGACUGUAAAUGCAACUUAUUUGAUGGCCCAUAAGUUGCGUCUUAUGGAAACCAGGGUGAAGGCAAGUGAUGUGGAGAAACCGGUGGAAAAGAAGAGGAAAAAGGCGGGGAAGAAGGUGAAAAGAACUUCGAGUGCCAGCAGUCAGACUGGCAGCACUUCAUCAGCUCCUCGCACGGAAUAA